AUGACAUUCGGGGUCCCCUCUUUGCCCUCUCCCAACCUCGGGAGCAGAAAGCCCCCUAUCCCAAGACUAAGGUCCAAAGCACCGUCCCCGAACCUCAGUUCACAUUCCGGUAACCAUCGCCCUUCAAGCCCUACAACAAUAAACCCCACAUUGGCCUCAUCCACGUUGGUGAUACGAUCACCCCAGAAUUAUGAUCAUUCAGGUGAAAACACUACGACCACCAUCAAAGCAAAAACCAAUACUAAAAGCUACAUCAUCAAGACACGAAAAAGCAUUAAUGAUAUCAGAUCAGAGUCUCAGGAACUGAGAGCUAGCCCGUCCCCCCGUUUAAUGGGCCUGCCGAAUGGCUCUCAAUCUCCUUCAUCGUUGUCUCAUCAUAAUAGGAACCCCAACCCAUCAAUAAAGUCUAAGCGCAAAAAGAAAAAGAAAGCAGAAACCAUUAUCAGUUACGAAAAUCAAAAAGAUUCCCCUCUGCCCCCGAUAGGUCCUUAUCAAAUCGCAAGGGCUGAGAUGCUCAGGAAAUUGAAACAGCAAAAGAUGAUCGAAAAGCAAAUCCAGUAUAUCAAUGAUAAUAAUUCUCCUCCUCCAAGCAUCAUGAGUAGUUCCCUUUCAUAUAAUGAGAACCGUCGCAAGCCCACUACUUCAUCUCCUCUCCCUCAAAAAUACCCUCCCCGUACCGUCAUUGAGAGCCCGUCAAGUAUCAACUUCAGAAACUCAAACAGUGGGAUCAUCAUGAGUCAGGAGUCUCAAAUCUCUCCAAUAUCAAUGUCUCCGAUAGCUAUUGAUCACACAAUAUUCGGUACUCCAUUAGAGAUUUUAAAUAAUGAUAAUAUUCACAAUGCAGAUGGCCAUACAAGUAACACAACUUCAAUCCAAUCCAUUGAUGAUAUUAUGAUAAGGUCUAAUAGAGAUCCUAACAGUUGGAGCUUAGGCACCAUCAAAGAAUUGCAAGUCAAUCCUUUUGGUGACUGUGAUGGCUCUUCGUACACUUCUGCUAUUUUCCAAAAACAACAACAACAACAACAACAACAACAACAACAACAACAACAACAACAACCGUAUCAGUGGCAGCAGAAGGAUGAAAAAAUUUCCUAUCCUUCAGGAACUCAACAUAGAAUGAUGCAACGAUCUCCAAGAGGCUUUCAUGAAUCUCAACAUCGGCAAUUGGCUUCUUCCAAAUUUCGGUCAUUCAGGCCUCCAGAUAUAAGAUCUGAUAUCAUUCCCAAGAAUAACAACUAUACAUCACCUAUCAUUGUGUCAAGUUCCUUGUCCCCUGCUAGUUCCCGUAAAACCCUUGACCCUUCGGCUUCUCAGGAGAAAAGUGGAACGGGCACCCUAGUGUUUUCAGUUUGUUUUGAUAAGCGAAAUAAAAGUAGAGACUCGGGUUUGUCUUCGCCCACCUCACCAGUUACAACAAUCAAGAAUAUUGAUGGAAAUGAGCCACCAAGUCCCUUUGAUAAACAUACUUUCAAACAGGAAUUGUUUAAAAAUAAGAUCAAUGAAUAUCAUGAGAAUGAAAAUCAGAAAAAAGUCAAUGCAUUUGCUAACAUAACCCUGGAACAAGAUCGUCCAGAAAUGAACUCAUCAUCAUCAGUGCCUCAAGAGAUAGUGAAAUAUUCUUUGAAUUGGGAAAUUGAGAAACAAGCUAAUUCUGUAACAAAUUCACGGGAAACCAUGUCUACGGAGUCCGUAAUAUCUUCUGCUGAUCCUCAGGCUCCACAUUCCAGAAAUUCUAUUGAAGUUCAUAAUCUGAAUGUUGGUUACAAAUUCAAAGAAACUGAAAAGCGAGAUGAAGAAAAGCUGUCGAAUAUGAAUAGACAAAAGAAUGAUGGCGAUACCAAUGAGAAAAUAAUAGAAAAAAUUAAUGGAACUCCCAAGGAAUCUCUCUCGACCUCACAACAACUUCAUCUUGGAAAUAUUCAUACGAAGAGUGAGGAUACUAUGAAGCCAGAUCGCAACCAGGAGCAUUCUAAAACCCAUGAACUGGCAAAAACCCUCCGUCCUGACUCAACUAUUUCAAAUGUCCUGGAAUUUGAUAUAAAGGAAUUUGAAGAAUUGCAUACAUCUAAAACCCAAGAAAUGGCGAUCGCAGUGAACUUGGGCUCACCAAACGUAAAACUAGGAUCCCCGAAAGUUAGAUUGAUUACCCAUAAAAAGUCAAUAGGUAAAUUGAGGAAAAAUAAAAGUGGUGAAGGGACUCCUCGAGCUAGGAAAGAAGAUAGUAACUCGAGCGUGUGUGGUGCUCGUUCAGUUAUCAGUGCAAGUAAUUCUCUGAUAUUUAAAAAUGCUGCUUCAAAUGGAUUGGAUAUUACAUACAUUUCGAAUACUAAGUCAGCCAAUGCGAGUAAUGAUCACAUAGACCUGACUGAUGUACUAACAAUUACUGAUAUCGAUGAUAUCAAUAACUAUGGUGUGCCAAUUACUGAUUAUUUCUCCGAUAUAGAUAAAUCUAACAACAGCGAAAAUGUUGCAAAAAUUGAGAACACUGAAGAUAACAGUGCCAAUGAAUAUCAGAGGACCUCAGACAAGAAGUGUCAUGAAUCAUAUUAUGAUGAUGAGUACGGCGAUAAUAUUGUUGAAAUUGAAAAUCAAUUUGAAAAUGAGUUUGACAGUGAGAGACGCUCUAUGGUCUCAUCACUUUAUAGCGACAAUGUCUCAGGCUUUAAAAAACGAACAAAAGUGGCUCAGCAAACCAAGCAGGAGCCUUUGGAUACAACCAUGCCCCAUUCUUACAGCCUUGGGGAUGGUAGUUACUAUAGAGUGGACAUAGAUGGUUUGGCCGAGGAACUCAAAGAAAUGAUGACAUGA